GACAAUUAUAAUCCAAUACAAGACAAUGGUUAUUCUGAAACAUUAUCUAAAUCAAACAGCAAUACAAAUUCAAAAUCUGGAUACUUGUUUGAACGUAGAGGUGGUCGUGUUUUACAAAGCUGGAAUCGUAAAUAUUAUGCGAUCGAUGGUGAAGAUCUCAUAUGUACAACUCGUGGACCAAAGUCCUCCAGAGAAGAAGAUCAACCACAAACUUAUAAUCUACGGGUCUGUAGUGUCAAGACAAGUGAUAAUUACGAUCGACGCUUCUGUUUUGAACUGAUUUCUCCAAUGAGAGUGAUUGUACUACAAGCAGAAAAUGAACGUGACAUGCAAGAAUGGGUGGAUUCUAUACGUACAGCAAAUCAAUUAGCUCUCAAUUCUGACAAGGCACCAACGCGAUCUUUACGGACUCUUCCUACACAGAAAGGGAGUCGACCUUCAUCCACGAAAUCAAAGGAUUCAGAUGAUAAUCGUGAACUACUACAAAAACUUCGACAAACUCCUGGCAAUGAGGUCUGUGCUGAUUGUGGUGCAAAAGAGCCUGAGUGGGCAAGUACCAAUCUUGGGAUUAUUGUCAUGCUUCGAAUUGGGAACAAUACCGCCAACAAGAUUUAUCAAGAAUAUAUACCACCUGAUAUGGAAACUUUCCGAAUCACACCAUCAUCUUCAAGAAAUGAACGCGACUUGUGGAUCACCGAAAAAUAUGUGAAACGAUCUUUCGUCAAAAAGCAAAAUGGUUUGGAUCAACAAAAUAUCAAUCAAGAAUUCUGGAAUAGUAUCGCACAAUCUGAUCUUCCUAAUGCACUUUGGGCGCUUGCAAAAGGAGCGGACGUAGAUUAUAGAAAUUCGGACGAUAAGGAUCAAACAGCUCUUCAUAAAGCAGUGCAGAAAGGUGAUGAAAUCUUGGUAGACUUUUUACUACAAUGGUCAAGCAAUGUCAACCAACAAGAUGAAGAUGGGAAUACUAGUUUACACCAUGCAGCAAUAUCCAGCAAUGUACGACUUGUACUUUGUCUUUUAAAACGGCAUGCCAAAGCAGAUAUGAAAAAUAUAGAUGGAAAGGUAAAAAAAAAAAAAAAAAAAAAAAAAAAAAAAAGGAAACUAUUGAUGUUGAUGAUAUCUCCUUUCUCUCCUUUUUUUUUUUGGUUAACAUAG